AUGGACAAGACGCUCCUGUGGUUGAUCCUCUUCACCCUGGGGUGGGCCCUCACUGGUGGGUCAGAGACCGAGCAGGAUGCCAUGUGGCAUUUGAGGAAAGUGCCCCGGGUUGUCCGGGAAAGGACUUUCCAGCUCACGAGCCCCAAGUUCGAGGCGGAGGCCCAGAUGGUGCUGAGGAACGUGUGUGGCAUCGAGUGCCAGGAGGAGCUCCCCGCGCCCAGCCUGUCGGACCUGGAGGAGGCUCUCUCCUACGAGACCGUCUUUGAGAACGGCACCCGCACCCUGACCAGAGUGAGGGUGCAGGGCCUGGCCCCGGAGCCCCCGGGGCCCGCGCACAACACCCCCGCGAGGAGGAGGAGGAGGAGGCAGGUGUACGGCACCGACAGCCGGUUCAGCAUCUCGGACAAGCGGUUCCUGACCAGCUUCCCGUUCAGCACGGCCGUGAAGCUGUCCACGGGCUGCAGCGGGGUGCUCGUGUCCCCCCGGCACGUGCUGACCGCCGCCCACUGCGUCCACGACGGGCGGGACUACGUGAAGGGGAGCAGGAAGCUGCGGGUGGGGCUGCUGAAGAUGAGGAAGAAACGGGGCGGCCGGAGACUCCGGGGCUCCAGGAGGAGCAGGAGGGAAGCGGAAGGUGAUGAGCAGAGAGAGGGCGGCAGCAGCAGAGAGGACCCCAAGGAGGGAGCCAAGGCUGCGGGGAGGGGAAGGAAGAGCUCUGCUGGGGAUCAGAGAGGCCCUGGGGACCAGGGAGGACCUGCGGGUCAGGGAAGCCCUGGGGAUCAGGGAAGAGAUGCUGGGGGUCAGGGAGGCCCUGGGGAUCAGGGAAGAUAUGCUGGGGGUCAGGGAGGCCCUGGGGAUCAGGGAAGAGAUGCUGGGGGUCAGGGAAGAGAUGCUGGGGGUCAGGGAGGCCCUGAAGGUCAGAGAGGCCCUGGGGGCCGGAGAGGCCCUGGGGGCCGGAGAGGCCCUGGGGGUCGGAGAGGACCAGGGGGCCAGGGCAGAGGCGCCGAGGGCAGGCCCUCCUUCCAGUGGACCCGGGUCAAGAACACCCACAUCCCCAAAGGCUGGGCCUCGGGAGGGAAGGGCGCCGCCCUGGACUACGACUACGCGCUGCUGGAGCUGAAGCGCGCGCACAAGCAGAAGUUCAUGGAGCUGGGCGUCAGCCCGGGGUCCCGGGGGCUGCCCGGCGGCCGCAUCCACUUCUCCGGCUUCGACCGCGACCGCGCCGACCAGCUGGUGUACCGCUUCUGCAGCGUGUCCGACGCCUCCCGCGACCUGCUCUACCAGCACUGCGACGCGGCGCCGGGCUCGGCGGGCUCCGGGGUGUACCUGCGUCUGCAAGGGCCCGGGCGGCGCUGGGCGCGCAGGGUCAUCGCCGUGCACGCGGGUCACCAGUGGGUGCACGUGGGCGGCCGGCAGCAGGACUACAACGUGGCCGUGCGCAUCACGCCGCUCAAGUUCGCCCAGAUCUGCCUCUGGAUGCACGGCCAGGACGCCGACUGCACCACCGGGUGA